CGCAUACAGCGGGCCGGCUGCUGCUGCGCGCUUUGGAUUGAAUUAUUUAGUUUAGUUAGCUCGCUGAGCAUCUGAAGACUAAAUAUGCCGCGGGAAAUCAUAACACUUCAGCUUGGACAGUGUGGCAAUCAAAUUGGAUUUGAAUUUUGGAAGCAGCUGUGUGCAGAGCAUGGCAUCAGCCCAGAGGGAAUUGUUGAGGAGUUUGCAACUGAAGGAACAGACAGAAAGGAUGUGUUCUUCUAUCAGGCUGAUGACGAACACUACAUCCCCCGUGCAGUUCUGCUAGAUCUGGAGCCCAGAGUGAUCCACUCCAUCCUCAACUCUCCUUAUGCCAACCUAUACAACCCGAGAACAUUUACCUCUCUGAGCAUGGUGGAGGUGCUGGGAACAAACUGGGCUAGUGGCUAUUCACAGGGUAAAAAAAUCCAAGAAGACAUCUUUGACAUUAUUGACCGGGAGGCAGAUGGUAGCGACAGUUUGGAGGGCUUCGUCCUCUGUCAUUCAAUUGCUGGUGGGACCGGAUCAGGGUUGGGAUCCUAUCUACUGGAGAAACUUAAUGACAGGUACCCAAAGAAGCUGGUCCAGACUUAUUCUGUUUUCCCGAACCAGGAUGAGAUGAGUGAUGUGGUGGUGCAGCCGUACAACUCGCUGCUAACACUGAAAAGGCUCACCAAAAUGCAGACUGUGUGGUGAGCAGUACUCAUUACU